UACAGUCUAUCUCGAUUUCCUUGUGUAAAAGAAAGAGACAAAUUAUUGUGAUGUUUAAAAUAUGAAUUUGAACCUCAGGGCUCAGUUUCUAACAACUGACAAGUGACAGAGAUUCUUAUUGACAGUUUGUUUGUAUGAAUGUGAAUCAGAAAUUCCUUUGUCAAUCGGUUUAAAAUUUCUCAUAAAUUAUGGCAGAUAUUCAAGUAAUUACUCAGGAUUUUGUGAACGUGCACAUCACGAAGUCUGACAGCGAAGAUGCUGCGCCCAUCGAGCGGAGAUUCAAAAAAGGAAUUACUGUUCUUGAGUUUAAGACAAAAUUGGAGCUGGUCACCGGUGGAUCUGCAGCUACUAUGAAACUGAAGCUGUAUGAUAAGAAGAACGCGUACAUCUGCGACAUAGACAAUGAUGAAGCCCUGCUUGGUUCCUUCCCCAUAGAUGAUGGCAUGCGGAUACAUGUGGUUGAUAAGUUUGCUCUUGUCCAUGAUUUUGCAUCAUCUGAUAGUGCUGAGAGAUUUCGUUUAUCUGAAGAAGAGUAUGAAAAGAAAGGCGAUACUCUUCGCUCAUUCUUACAGCGAAACAAACUCGGCAAGUACAAUGAGGAGGAGAUGACCAAGCUCAAGGAGCAGCAGCAGAAGGAACUUGAGGAUGAGGCUAAAAUAGCUGAAGCAGUAUUAGUAGGAGCUCGCUGCGAAGUCCGCGUGCCCCAGCAGCCAGUGCGUCGCGCCACCGUCAGGUACAACGGUCCCUUAGAGGGCGCUAAAGGACUAUGGAUCGGAGUGCAGUACGAUGAGCCUCGUGGCAAGAAUGAUGGAUCAGUAAAUGGCAAGCGUUACUUCACAUGCCCCCCAAAGUACGGCGGCUUUGUGAAACCAGUCUAUGUGACUGUGGGUGACUUCCCGGAGGAGGAGUUUGAUCUGGAUGAUGAAAUAUGAUCAAAUACACAAAGUAAACCGCAAUCAUAAGGAUACAUACAAUAUUGUAGUUUGUGUAACAGCUAAAAGACUGGCACAAUUAUAAGGUGUAAGAGAAUAAACGAAGAUUCAGGUCAUAAUUUGUUUUAGAACCAAUUAAAUAAACAUUUCAAAUUAAUAUACGGGACUAACAAGUCUUUUUGUAGGAAAGAAGCGGGACGGUUUUACUAAGACCCCAUGUACUUUAGUGUGUCAGGAGAUUGUAUCUUGUGAACAACAUUCGACUUUGUUCGUUUUUAUGGCUAAAUGAUAAGGAAUCCUUCAUACGCGAAUUUGACUCAAAUUUAGCCAAUUAUGUUACUUAACUUUUCAAAUUUUUAAAAAUAAAUAUCCUUCAGUUUCAUUCCUUAAACGUUUAUUCUGUUACAUCUUACAUAGAUUAAAAAUAUUACUUACUAUAAAUAUUACAAAAAUAAUAUUGUAUGACAUCUCAGCUAUUUUUGUAUGAGCACUACUAAGCUUGCUGGCGGGCUACACAAGCUUUAAAAUUAUGAUUUAUAAAAUCUAAUAAUUAAUAUUAUAAUUAUGCUUUAUUUACUACUUAUCUAUUGUAUAUUUGUUUCGUGUGAGAGAAUCUUUUGUAUUUUGAAGUUGAUUGAAAAAAUGGAAUAAGUAAAGAUUAUGACGAUGAUAAAAAAUGUAUAUGCAUUUAAAGUGUAGGCAGUUAUAGACAAACUUUAUGGCUUUUCCUGGUCUAGGAGGUCUUAACUAGGCUAUCAUACAGAGAUUGCGAGGCAUAUACGUACUAUGUCAUAUCGAAUGUCAAUUGAUCGACCACUUACGGCUAUAUUUCACCGGAACACCAUUGCGGUGCAACCAGUCGUCGCGACCAACAAAAUGUAUAGCUCUAUAGAGAGUUACUCACCUGGGCCUCCAAACGCCACUUUAGCGCUUGUCUACAGAGAGAGAGUAGAAAUCAAAAUGUAUGGACAUGACACU